AUGAAACGCAAAGGUAGCCUGAAAAUAAACUCUGUUUGGCAUAAGUGGUCUGCAGUAAAAUUGCAAGAGAUUUACUGGUCUCUCAGUAUUAUUUUGCAUAUGUGCGUCGCCAAAUUGCCGAAAAUCAGUGAUUAUUGGUUAACAGACCCGUUUCCACAGACAGGAUUUGCGAGUAAAUUGUUGAGUCGCGAUCGAUUUUGCGCUACAUUGUCGAUAUUACACUUGAAUGACAAUGCUACGUUCACUAGCAGAGGCGAAGAAAAGCACGACCCACUUCACAAAGUGAGGCCUUUGUUUGAUUUCUUUGUGAAUAAAAGCAAAAUUAGUUUUCGUCCAGGCAUGAAUCUGACAAUAGAUGAGGCAAAUGUCCCUUUCGUGGUAGAAAAAUCUUCAGAGCAUACAUGA